CAAAAGAUGACAGCACGAUAUUCUGACCAAAUAGACGACGAAUAUUUGGAGAAUUCUGAAGUUCUUCAAUUACAAGAGCGGCUCCUUAGUGUUAGUUCGUCUGAAUUAUUAGAGCAGGAUCGCGAUCUAGAUAGAUUGAGUGAUGCUAUAGGGCGUCAAAGAGAAUUAGGAAUAUUGAUCGGUGAUGAACUGGCUUAUCAAGUUGAAUUAUUAGAGGAUACAGAGUACGCGGUCGAUCGGACGGAAAGAGCCCUAGAUAAAGCAAAAAGAAAUCUCACAAAAAUCUCAAAAAAAGUUAAAACUAAUAGUAAAUAUGUUUUCUUUUUAUUUGUUUCAGUCUUGUAA